AUGUCUGAAUUAUUGACGGUUGGCAACGCAGUGUUUGUCAAAGACAGGUCAGAAUAUACGCAGGUAGAGCGAUACCAACUUCAAACUCAGCACUGUGUACAGCUUCAACAACCCCGAACUCAACCCUCAGAGUCACAAGAAUAUUGGGUGUUUGGCUACGGUUCACUCAUCUGGAAGCCGCCUAUUGCAUGGGAGAAGAGGUUGGCAAAUCUUAUAGCUCUGGUCGUUUCGUCUAUUCAUACUGUGUGGGCUAGCGUUGACAAUGUACUUUCUACAGAGUCCCCGGAUAUAUACGGGGAUACCGUUGAUCACCGUGGUACGAUAGAAAAACCAGGAAGAGUAGUCACAUUAAUACCGCAUUCCGAAUGGAAGCUUCUUAACGAUUACCACGAACAUCGUGAAGACGAUGUUACCUGGGGUGUCGCCUACAAAAUCCCUUCACAUUGCGCGAAAGAGGUAAAGGAUUACCUCGACCGUCGAGAGAGUGGCUACGCAAUCAAAUUGCUCGAUGUGUAUCAGAAAGGUAAAACACCCCCGGUAAUAAAACAAGCCGUUGUGUACAUAGCAACAACGGCAAACGACGACUAUUGUGGACCUGCACCCAUCGAGGACAUAACACGUCAGAUUUUCACCUCUCGAGAAUAUGCUCUUAACCUUGCAAAGGCGUUGAGGGACAUCGCUCCUGACGCAUUCGAUCACCAUUUAUAUGAUUUAGAGAAAAAACUGUUGGAGCUUGAGGCUUCACGUUCGAACGAUCGAGCAGACUGUUGA